GGCCUGCUGUCCGACGGCCUCUUUGGCGGGUACAAUUAUUACGGCCCCAUGACCCCCUUCGUGCUGGUGGUGGCCAGCUUGGCGUGGCUGGUCACGGUGAUCCUCUUGGGGCUGGGCGUCACCAUGUACUAUCGGACCAUCCUCCUCGACUCCCGCUGGUGGCCCCUGGCGGAGUUUGGCCUCAACCUCCUCCUGUUCCUCCUCUACCUGGCCGCGGCCUUGGUCUACGUCAACGACGUGAACCGGGGGGGCCUGUGCUACUCCCUCUUCGCCGGCAACCCGCUCGUCGCUGCCGCCUGCCGGGUGGAGGGGGGCCAGGUGGCGGCCAUCGCCUGCCUCUUCCUCACAUGAGUUGUUGCUUUGCUGCCGAGCCUCAUGCCCCUCUGUCUCUUUAAGCCCAACCCCAUCCUCCUGCACUCCAGACCCAGGCGGAUCGUCUUCCAGGACGAGGUGCUGGCUUCAGGGGGCCGUCCGGGGCAGCUCGCCCAGCAGCCGAGGUUCUCGGCGGGGAUCUUGGGUUGCUCCAUCCCAGCGGGACACACCCCGAAGCCACACGUCAUCCCCGACUAUGUGGCGAAGUACCCAGGGAUCUGCUGCCCGGAAGAGAGAGAGAAGUACAAGGCCGUCUUCAGCGACCAGUACGCGGAGUACCAGGAACUCUUCCGUGAGGUCCUGCUGGCGCUGCAGAAGUUCAAGGAGCUGGAGAGCAUGAUGAACGGGCUGCCGCAGGGCACACUCGGCAGGAAGGAACGGAGCUGGGUCGCCAGCCUCCGGAAGGAAUACAAGAAGAAAAGGAGGGACCCCGCCUUCCUGAAGAAGCAGGAGCGCUGCGAGUACCUGAAGAAGAAACUCGCCCACAUCAAGGCGCGGAUCCAGGAGUACGACCGGGCGGCCAAGGAGGGCUCCAUGUACUUCUGAGCCGGGCACCUGGGCUGCAGCCUGGGCGGGUCCCCCCCACACACCCCUGCCAGCCCUGAGUUGCUCUGGGGCUCGUCGCUGACUCUCAGCCAGAAAGCAGGAGGCGGGACCCCGGGGGGCGCUUGUGCCUUGUGGCCCCCUGUGCAUCACACUCCCCCUACAGCUGGGUCAGAUGGAGGGCAGGCGCCAUCCCUGCCCCAUGCUGCCCCUCGCCAGGUGGGACUGAAGCUGGAGCUUGGGGGACAGGAGGGGGGAGUGGCUCAUCGCACCUGCUCCCAGGACUAGCUACUGGGAGGUACCCCGGCCAGCAGCAGCCACACCCAGGAGGGUCUUGGCCCCGGGGCCAGCACAUGGCCCGUUGCACAGCUCAGCUGAGACACAUCACUUCUCUAAGUCCCCCUGCCCUGCCAGCCAGACCAAUCCUCCCAGCAGAGCAUGGCCGGCAAUGUUCCCUCUAAUUUUUUCAGUGUGUGUGCAGAAUCAAUUUUGUUACAUGCACCACUGAUGUGCACCACCAGAGGAAACACAGGCUACCACCUGUGGGUGCUCGGCUAAUCAGCUAGGGGAUGCAUUUGUCUGUAUUGCAAACCCUGAGCUUCGGGCGGUGCCCAAAACCAUCUGGAAGGAGCAACGGCUCCACCUUCUAAUAAAAUACACCCGGCCGCCCAUGUGCGAUGUCCCUUUGGCAUCAGGAUUGGCCCUGUGGUUGGCAGGAGGGGGUAAUGCUACUGCCCUUGCCCUCUGGUAAACACACUGUGUGGGAUCACGGCAUCAGGUGAAUGGUUAGCAGAGCUCCCUGAUCCCCACAUGUUCUGGGGCCCCCAUUUCUGCCCCCAGAGGACAUAUCUCUGCUACACCUCCCCCUGCCUCAGGGAAUUUAGCUCUUUCGUUCACUCUGUAGAGGCUCAUUGUGCCCAGACUGGGAAGCUCCCAGCUUUGGAGAGUCGCUCCCCGUGAUGGUCAUUAGGGUCUCACCUUCUCCCCUGAUUCUCGGCCCUGCUAGGGGAGCGGGAAUAAAACCAUGACAAGUGUAAAGAAAAAAAGGAAAAGUUAUUUCUUUGUUCCCGUAGCACAAGGACCAGAGGGGUCACCAAAGGAAAUGAACAGGCAGCAGGUUUAGAGCAAAUAGAAGGAAGAU